UGUUUGGUGGCAUAAGAGAGAGAAUCCGAAUGGCUGUGUCUGCUGCUCUGGUACCGAUCCAACUCUUGCUCUGCAACUCAAAUUCAAGGACAAGCUCACGAUGGUUACCCUGCAAAUCAACCCUUUUGAAUUCUCAGCAAAAGAAAGCUUUUAUAUUUCUAGUUUCUUGCUCUUCUUCUUCUUCUUCUUCUUCUUCUUCUCCUACUUCUCAGCCCCCGGAGACCGAGACGAAGACCGCCGAGUCCUGUGUUAAUCUGGGCCUGUCUCUAUUCUCCAGAGGCCGGGUUAAAGAUGCUCUAGUCCAGUUUGAAACAGCACUUAGUUUAGAUCCAAAUCCCGUGGAGGCCCAAGCUGCUCUGUAUAACAAAGCAUGCUGCCAUGUGUACCGGUUGGAAGUCAGCUUUUUUUUUUUUCUUUUUCUUUCUUUCACUCAUUUGCAGGCUAGGUUAGGUGGGGAAGACAUUGGAUCUAGUUUUCGAAGAGAUCUCAAACUCAUCAGUGAAGUCCAAGCCCCAUUUCGUGGUGUUAGGAGAUUCUUUUAUCUCGCAUUCACAGCAGCUGCGGGAAUCUCAUUCCUGUUUACUAUACCAAGGCUAUUCCGUGCAAUUAAAGGUGGCGAUGGUGCUCCUGAUCUUCUAGAAACUGCCGAAAAUGCUGCCAUCAAUAUUGGAGGUAUCAUUGUCCUUGUUGCAUUAUUUUUUUGGGACAACAAGAAGGAGGAAGAACAACUUGCACAGAUAUCACGGGAUGAAACCCUAUCUAGGUUGCCCUUGCGCCUUUCUACUAAUCGGGUUGUUGAGCUUGUUCAGCUCCGAGACACUGUUAGGCCUGUCAUUUUAGCAGGGAAAAAAGAUACCGUUUCAUCGGCUAUACAAAAAGCAGAGAGAUUCCGAACUGAACUCCUUAGACGAGGUGUUCUUCUAGUUCCUGUCAUAUGGGGUGAAGGCCAGUCCACCCAAGUGGAAAAAAAGGGUUUUGGAGUUGCUACAAAAGCAGCUACCUCUCUUCCUUCUAUUGGGGAAGAAUUUGAGAAACGAGCGCAAUCUAUUACUGCAAAGUCAAAGUUAAAAGCUGAAAUUCGGUUUAGGGCAGAGGUUGUAUCACCUGCUGAAUGGGAAAGAUGGAUACGAGACCAGCAGAAGUCUGAAGCUGUUACUCCUGGUGAGGAUGUCUACAUAAUACUUCGGUUGGAUGGCCGAGUUCGAAGAUCAGGGAAAGGCAUGCCUGACUGGCAACAAAUUAUCAAGGAGCUACCACCAAUGGAAGCAUUACUAAGCAAGCUAGAGAGAUAGCAUCUCAAACUCAUGUCUGAGAGCAUUUUGAAGGAAGACAAGUGAAUCUAUAUCCGUCUUUGAUAGGAGCUAUCGUGUUAUUCAAUACCCACCAUUGUUAAUUCUGCAUCAUAUAUUGUCUGCUGGCUGUCAACUUUCUCUAACAGUAAAAAGAAAAUCAUUCUCUUUGGCACUUACAAAUUCAGUAACUCUAAGCAUGUGGGUGUGUGUGUGUGUGUAUAUAUAUAUCCUUUCUUUUGUGCUUUUUGAGAAA